AUGUGGUGUGUUUGGUUGGGGGGGGGGGUGGGGGUGUUGGGGUGUUGGUUUUGUUUUGGGUGUUUGGGUAGGGGUUUUGGGGGUGGUGGGAGGGUGGGGGGUGGUGGGGGUGGGGGUGUGGGGGGGGUGGGUGGGGGGUGGGUGGGGGGGUUUGGGGGGGGGGGGGGGGGGGGGGGGGGGGGGGGGGGGGGGGGGGGGGGGGGGGGGGGGGGGGGGGGGGGGUGGGGGGGGGGGGGGGGGGGGGGGGUGGGGGGGGGGGGGGGGGGGGGGGGGGGGGGGGGGGGGGGGGGGGGGGGGGGGGGGGGGGGGGGGGGGGGGGGGGGGGGGGGGGGGGGGGGGGGGGGGGGGGGGGGGGGGGGGGGGGGGGGGGGGGGGGGGGGGGGGGGGGGGGGGGGGGGGGGGGGGGGGGGGGGGGGGGGGGGGGGGGGGGGGGGGGGGGGGGGGGGGGGGGGGGGGGGGGGGGGGGGGGGGGGGGGGGGGGGGGGGGGGGGGGGGGGGGGGGGGGGGGGGGGGGGGGGGGGGGGGGGGGGGGGGGGGGGGGGGGGGGGGGGGGGGGGGGGGGGGGGGGGGGGGGGGGGGGGGGGGGGGGGGGGGGGGGGGGGGGGGGGGGGGGGGGGGGGGGGGGGGGGGGGGGGGGGGGGGGGGGGGGGGGGGGGGGGGGGGGGGGGGGGGGGGGGGGGGGGGGGGGGGGGGGGGGGGGGGGGGGGGGGGGGGGGGGGGGGGGGGGGGGGGGGGGGGGGGGGGGGGGGGGGGGGGGGGGGGGGGGGGGGGGGGGGGGGGGGGGGGGGGGGGGGGGGGGGGGGGGGGGGGGGGGGGGGGGGGGGGGGGGGGGGGGGGGGGGGGGGGGGGGGGGGGGGGGGGGGGGGGGGGGGGGGGGGGGGGGGGGGGGGGGGGGGGGGGGGGGGGGGGGGGGGGGGGGGGGGGGGGGGGGGGGGGGGGGGGGGGGGGGGGGGGGGGGGGGGGGGGGGGGGGGGGGGGGGGGGGGGGGGGGGGGGGGGGGGGGGGGGGGGGGGGGGGGGGGGGGGGGGGGGGGGGGGGGGGGGGGGGGGGGGGGGGGGGGGGGGGGGGGGGGGGGGGGGGGGGGGGGGGGGGGGGGGGGGGGGGGGGGGGGGGGGGGGGGGGGGGGGGGGGGGGGGGGGGGGGGGGGGGGGGGGGGGGGGGGGGGGGGGGGGGGGGGGGGGGGGGGGGGGGGGGGGGGGGGGGGGGGGGGGGGGGGGGGGGGGGGGGGGGGGGGGGGGGGGGGGGGGGGGGGGGGGGGGGGGGGGGGGGGGGGGGGGGGGGGGGGGGGGGGGGGGGGGGGGGGGGGGGGGGGGGGGGGGGGGGGGGGGGGGGGGGGGGGGGGGGGGGGGGGGGGGGGGGGGGGGGGGGGGGGGGGGGGGGGGGGGGGGGGGGGGGGGGGGGGGGGGGGGGGGGGGGGGGGGGGGGGGGGGGGGGGGGGGGGGGGGGGGGGGGGGGGGGGGGGGGGGGGGGGGGGGGGGGGGGGGGGGGGGGGGGGGGGGGGGGGGGGGGGGGGGGGGGGGGGGGGGGGGGGGGGGGGGGGGGGGGGGGGGGGGGGGGGGGGGGGGGGGGGGGGGGGGGGGGGGGGGGGGGGGGGGGGGGGGGGGGGGGGGGGGGGGGGGGGGGGGGGGGGGGGGGGGGGGGGGGGGGGGGGGGGGGGGGGGGGGGGGGGGGGGGGGGGGGGGGGGGGGGGGGGGGGGGGGGGGGGGGGGGGGGGGGGGGGGGGGGGGGGGGGGGGGGGGGGGGGGGGGGGGGGGGGGGGGGGGGGGGGGGGGGGGGGGGGGGGGGGGGGGGGGGGGGGGGGGGGGGGGGGGGGGGGGGGGGGGGGGGGGGGGGGGGGGGGGGGGGGGGGGGGGGGGGGGGGGGGGGGGGGGGGGGGGGGGGGGGGGGGGGGGGGGGGGGGGGGGGGGGGGGGGGGGGGGGGGGGUGUUUCGCAGCCACCCAGGGGAUAUCAAACAGCAGCCAAUUACUUGA